AUGAACGGCUUGCCUACUCCGUCGUCCAAACGUACUCAACUAUCAAUAAGUCUUCCUAAGGAUACCAAACCAAACGGCCCACGAACUGUUCCUAAAGCAAGAGCAGGCUCACACAGCAGCAGUCGUAGACAGGACGCAACUGUCUCAGAUGAUGAAGAUGAUUAUUCUGAUGAAACCGAUGGCAUUUCUGAUCAUGGCGCAGUUGUGGCCCCCUCGGUAAGGGAUGAGAUUUGGAAGAUCAUGGGUAAAGAUCGGAGGCAGUAUACCGCGAAACCGAUCUUCAGCGAUGAAGAAGAUGAUAUGGAGGCUGAUGUGGAUGAUGUCCUUGAAGAAGAAGGCCGAGCAGCUCGAUUGGCAAAACUUGAGGAUCAGCGAGAGGAGGAACGUCUGAGACAACACGAGCUGGAAAAGAAAAAGCGGCUCAUGCAAUGUCGUCUUUCGAAGUAA